CAGUAACAAGACAUGCAGUUCUGUGGGGACAGUGCGCUGGCGUGAGUGUGACACCCAUACAAAUUGGCACAUUCCUGCAUAUUGGGGGGGUGUCAGGCUUAGAGAUUACAGUUCAUUAUACAGCAGCCGCCAAUCCUAAAUAAACAGUCUCUCCCUCCCUCUCCGGCUCAGUCCCAUCCCAGGGAGCAUCCAUGGAAUAGAUUCCUGCCUUUGCCUCUACACAGCGACCAGCUCAGUUACCCAGUGCAUAUAUAAAGUGAAAUUAUUCAACGAAGUAACAUAUUUACAGACUGUGCCUGGCCAAACUGUAAACCCAACUUGGAUUCUGGAAAUUGUAGUUCUACCAGAACUGGAGGGUCACAGAUGUUCCUUGCUCUUCUGGGAAAUAGUUGUAGGGGUUGAGACUGAAACUGUAGCAAGAACCUAAAUGCAGCUACCGAUUGGCUGUACUAAAAUAAGCAAGAAAAUACCCCAAACAGUGUAAAACCAUUGUGGAACUUCUUGCUGGGAACAAGAGCAACAAGUUAUAAGAAGAAGGAGAAGGAAGACCCUACCUAGUUGUCACAUAAGAUCUCCCUAGAUUGUGUGCCCAUCAUAAAGAAUGAACUUGUUUUGGCUCCUUAUGCUGAUGGUGGCACCUUUGCUUGGCCAUUUUCAGCAAACCACCGAUAAUUCAGAAAGCAGUGAAGUACCCCAGUCUAGAUGCACUUACACCUUUGUGGUACCGCAGCAGAAAAUGAGUGGUGCUGUCUGCAUCAGUACAGGAAGGGUUCCCAUUUCACUGGGUGUAAACAAAAGCGAGGUGCAGGUAUUAAGGGAAGAGCUUAGUCGCCAGCAGACUGAGAUUGAAGAACUUAAAAAGCUAGCUGAAGUAGACCAUGAUGUGGUCAUGGAAAUGGAACAACUCCGCAAAGAAAACAGGAACAUGGGUUCCAGGCUCAGCAACCUUCAAACUCAGCUCUUCCAUGAGAUUCUGCAGAAAAAAAAUGAGUCAACAGAAGUCUCCAAGGGGGAGGAGAGAGAAUUGAAUACUACUUCUGAAGUGCUAAAGUUGGCAACCAAGUACAAAGAACUCCAGGAAAAAUACAACUUCCUGUCAUCCUUAAUUAACAAUCAGAGUGCAACCAUAGCUCGUUUAGAAGAACUCUGCCAACAGAAUAAUCUUCAACAGCAAGCUGGCCAGAAUCCUGCACAGUCAGUAUUGACAAGUGGUUCCCCCAGUGGCUCAGACGCCAGACAGAAACAUAGUGCUGGAAUACAGGCAGAUCAAAUGGAAAUCACUUUGGACAAGAAGAAAGUUUCUCCAGUCGCACAAGGCCCUGCUCAGACAACCAGUUUACCUUCUGUGGUAAUAACAGAGGCCGCUGAGUCAUUAGGACCGUGGACCGACUGCCAGGAUGCCCUGCGUGGAAAUCAAAAGUCCAGCGGUAUUUACUUGCUGAGGCCACAUGGAGGGAACCAAGUGAUGCAAGCAUGGUGUGAGCAGGAUCUCUCUGGUGGAGGGUGGACUGUCAUCCAAAGGCGUCAAGAUGGAACUACAAACUUUUUUACUAAUUGGAAUAGCUACAAGCAUGGAUUUGGAAACCUUAAUGGUGAAUACUGGUUGGGUCUGGAAAAUAUUUACUGGUUGGCCAGCCAGGGAAGCUUCAAGCUCCUCAUCAUCAUGGAAGACUGGCAGGGCCGUCAUGCAAAAGCUGAAUAUGACUACUUUCGUCUGGAAUCGGAGAGCGAUUUCUAUAGGUUGCGCCUUGGACAUUACCGUGGCAACGCCGGGGACUCCCUCUCUUGGCACAGUGACAAACAGUUUAGCACCAAUGACAAGGACAGGGACUCAUACACAGGUAACUGUGCCCAUUUCCAUAAGGGCGGCUGGUGGUACAACAUGUGUGCCCACUCCAACCUCAAUGGGAUAUGGUACCGGGGAGGCCAUUACCGGAGCCGCUACCAAGAUGGAGUGUAUUGGGCUGAAUUUCGCGGUGGUGCCUACUCUCUUAAGAAGGUGUCCAUGAUGAUCAAACCAAAUGUAUAAUGACUAGACUCACCCUGCACAGACAUCAAGUAACCCUAUGGCAUGAAAUAAGGCCUCAAAAAAGCGGAUCUCUAUUACCCCCAAUGAUAUGGGAUCACUUGACAUCUCUGCUCUCUCACACACACACAUACCCCCUUUAACAUCUGUUUUCAAUGGCUAUUGAUCUGAUGCAAAAACCAGUGCAGGCUGCAGCAGUGUUAAUUGGGCAAGUGCGAUGUAGAUACAGUAUAUGUGUGAGGUUUUAAUAAGAGGGUGGGGGUAACCCUAGCACUGAUCCAUUGCUCAGGAUCAUCUUAUAAUGGUCAUUGCCAUGUAUGUAUAAUAAAGAGUUUAUAUACACUGUAAA